CAAAGCGGCUCCGCCGCCCGUUGGUUCCUGUUUAAGAUGGCGGCCCCCCUGGCGGCGCAGGCCGGGAAACUUCUGCGAGACCUGGCGCUGCGGCCCCGGCUCCUGGCGCCCAGGUCCCAGGCACUUCAGUUAACCCCCAGACGAUGGCUGAACCUGCAGGAAUAUCAGAGCAAGAAACUGAUGUCUGACAAUGGAGUGAAAGUUCAAAGAUUCUUUGUAGUAGACUCUGCAAAUGAAGCUCUGGAGGCUGCUAAGAGACUAAAUGCAAAGGAAAUUGUUUUAAAAGCCCAGAUCUUAGCUGGAGGAAGAGGAAAAGGAGUCUUCAGUAGUGGUUUGAAAGGAGGUGUUCAUUUAACGAAAGACCCUAAAGUUGUAGAACAACUGGCAAAACAGAUGAUUGGAUAUAAUCUGGCCACAAAACAAACUCCAAAAGAAGGUGUAAAAGUUAAAAAGGUGAUGGUUGCUGAAGCUUUGGACAUUUCCAGAGAAACCUAUUUGGCGAUUCUGAUGGACAGAAGUUGCAAUGGUCCAGUAAUGGUGGGCAGCCCUCAGGGGGGCGUUGACAUUGAAGAAGUAGCAGCUUCAAAUCCAGAACUUAUUUUUAAGGAACAAAUUGACAUUAUUGAAGGGAUAAAGGACAGUCAAGCUCAGCGGAUGGCAGAGAAUCUAGGCUUCCUUGGGCCUUUGAAAAAUCAGGCUGCAGAUCAAAUUAAGAAGCUGUAUAAUCUCUUCCUGAAAGUUGAUGCUACUCAGGUGGAAGUGAAUCCCUUUGGUGAAACUCCAGAAGGACAAGUUGUCUGUUUUGAUGCCAAGAUAAACUUUGAUGACAACGCAGAAUUCCGACAAAAGGACAUAUUUGCUAUGGAUGACAAAUCAGAGACUGAGCCCAUUGAAAACGAAGCUGACAAAUAUGAUCUAAAAUACAUAGGAUUGGAUGGGAACAUUGCAUGCUUUGUGAAUGGCGCUGGACUGGCCAUGGCUACUUGUGAUAUCAUUUUCCUGAACGGUGGAAAGCCAGCCAACUUUUUGGAUCUUGGUGGUGGUGUAAAGGAAUCUCAAGUAUAUCAAGCAUUUAAAUUGCUCACAGCUGAUCCUAAGGUUGAAGCCAUCCUUGUCAAUAUUUUUGGUGGAAUUGUCAACUGUGCCAUCAUUGCCAAUGGAAUCACCAAAGCCUGUCGGGAGCUGGAACUCAAGGUGCCCCUGGUGGUGCGACUUGAAGGAACCAAUGUUCAUGAAGCCAAGAACAUACUUAAAUGCAGCGGACUCCCCAUUACCUCUGCCGUCGACCUGGAAGAUGCAGCCAAGAAGGCUGUGGCCAGUGUGGCUAAGAAGUGAAGCCUUUGUCCUGACCCCUUGAAAGAAGCAGCCCAUUUUCCUAUAAAAAGGAAUAGUUCUCUCGUUUAGUUCUCGUUUCUGUGAAGGAAAUGAUUAUCCCAUUGGGAAAAAAAAUGAGGAGGGGGUGAACAAGAGUCACUGUAUGAAAAAUCUUAAAUCUGUAUUUUCCUUAAUAAGAUACCUAUGAAGUCUAAAUAACAUUCUUUAUUGAUGCCCUAAUCUGUAAGCAUCAUUGUGCUGACCUAGGGGAGCGGCCUGCAUUGCUAAACAGCAUGCAUAUUACAGCAUUUGACAUUGGUUCCUGGUUCUUUUAUAACAGUUUUGGUGACUCUUUGAUCCUAUAUAAUAAAUAAAAAUUACAGACUUUAAAAAUCUUAGACAAGAUUGCAUUUAAAAGAUUAUCAAAAAGGUGCUGCUGUGACACAAUGCAACAGUUUUUACAAGUUUCUAAUUCUACCACAUGUUUGCAAAAUCUAUGAAUAUUCCAAUAUAGAUUUGACAGUGGAAGGUCCACAUUAAUUUAACAUGCAUGGAUUCUACCAUUUGCCUUAAUGAUUAAGAUACUGUUUACCUCAUACUAAAAUAAAACCAGAAGCCUUAUUUAUGAUUUUCAACACCUCUUCUUCAGCUUCAGAUGGGGUCAUACUCAAAAAAGCCCAUCAUAAAUUGAAAACAUCAUUAAGUUGAAAAUGGAUUUAAUGCAAUAUAAAAGACCAGCCACAUGGUACACUGUUGAGUGUCAGUUUUUUACCCUCAUGAUGGAUUUGCUGACUGGUUUGCUGGGGCUCACUGCCUCUGUCCAGUAUCACAAGAGAGUAUCAUACUACCUAGGAAAAGAUCAAAAUUCAAAAUUGGAAGUAUGUAUUCUAUUGGAACUGUAUUGCUUUCAUAACAUGAUAAAGUAAAAAAAAUCAUGAGUCUAACCAUCAUAAGUCAGGAAAGUCUAUAGAAGGUUGUAUUCUGAUGUCAAAACUGGAAUGCUGAUUAUUAUGGAAAUUUCUGCAACUAAAUCACUUCAAGAUGAGACCUUACUGAAGAUUUGUGAGUGUUGUGAGUGUCACUUUCAUCUCUCUCCUCUCUUUUUCCCUUAGAAACUACCAGUUGGAAAAACAUAAUUAAGAGAAUGAUACUUUUUUCCCCAUAGGUCCAUUUUUGUGAUGGGGAAAAAUUUGAAUUUGGUUUUUGUUUAUAAAUUUUGGUAAAGUUUUACCUGUACAUGAAUUUAAAUAAAAUCUAUGUUUCAUAUGCUCUAAGAUCUGUGUGUUUC